CCGAUAUCCCUUUGACCCAGGGGAGGUACCAUGGGAUGCCAAAGGCAGAUGCUGAGACAACUUGGACCUUUUCUUCUGGUGAUUAUUUUCUCUACUUGUUUGCUGAUUCUGUACUGGCUCGUGAUGGAUGGUGUUGUCCAUCCAUCCACAAGAUAGAUAGUUCCAACUGUUGUGUUAUGGUUGCAGGCUAAUCAAACAGUGAUUCAUUAUGAUUUUUGUUGAUGUUGUAUGAGGAAAUUCCACAAGAAAUGUAUUUUAGUAGGACAUCAUAUUGCAGAGAAGUACUACUUCUCAUGGAUUCCAUGGAGGGCAUAAUUUGUUUCAUUCCUUGUACUCUGUAAAAGAAUGAAGAAAAAUACACUUCUCAGCACCUUUGCCACUACUGAUUUUUGUUAGUCUUCUUUAAUGCCUGCCCUCUGCUACUUUUAUUCUGCUCUUGCUUAAUGAUAAGUUGGCAGCAGUUUGAUCAGUGUUUCCACGGGCCAACCCUGCAGCACACCCAUGUCUGUCCCUGUUCUUGUCUCACUCAUCACCCAUGUCUUGCAGCAGUAGGGCAAUACACAUCUUCUUGAAGCCAUCCCUGCUUGACUGUGAACGGUUUUGGACUAUCCAUAAAGUCCAUUUUUCACUGCUGUGUUGCCUGUUAAAUAAUGUUUCUGUAGCCUUCUAAUUGAUUGUUAGGCUCAUGUGAGACAUGCAAAAGCUAAUCAUGGCAGUCAUGUUUGCCAGAAACAAGAUGGACAACCAUGGAGAAUGGAGAUGUCCUGUAAACCAAACACACACUCAUGAUUGAAAAGAGUUGUUAACUACAAGCAGAGGAGUGGUUCUUGAUCAACACAUGUCACAACCCACACAAAGCGAGUAAUAGGUGACAACACAGGGAUGCCACUCUUCUCAAUCAGCCUAACAAAUGCCCUUAUUAUAAGGUAAUCUUCCCGACAAGGCUACCUAGUAUGGUUAGGGGGUGGGGAGGGGCUAUAUGGGAUUUAAGACAUAGUUUAGCAUUCUCUCCACCUAAAAAGAUACUCAAUCGAUCUUAUUCUUAUAGGCAAAAAGAUUAUUUCUGUGAUUUAAGUUUACAUUAUCUAAAAUAUUAAAUGGUAAAGAUGAAGACAUCAAUAGUUUACAGUAGGAAAUGUUAGCAAUUCCAAAACUUGGGUAUAAAGUGAGGUUGAGCACACAUCCCACCACACACAGAAGAGAGAGGGAAAGCUCACGUGCAGGAAGAAUGUUGGGGUCUGCUGCUGCUGCUGAGGACGAUGAGCUGAUGAGAGAGAAAGGGGGAGAGAACUGAAGGAAUUGAAAAACCAUGGUGGUCACUCAUUAAUAAUGAUGAUGAUGAUAAUAAUAAUAAGAAUCCUGGGCUGCGGUUACUGGUGGUGGUGGUGGGUGUAGGAAACAUUAGAGAGGGGGAGAUAAAAGGAGGCCCGGGUGUGUUGAAUUGAAGCCUUGGGAUCGGUUUGUCACCGCAUUGGAGGGCUCUGUGGCGCAGUGGAUCACCUGUGAGAUCUUGGUUUCUUGCUCCCCACAAGCUUGUUGGAGCUUAUGUACUUCUUAUAAGGACGCACUAUCCUUUGUUGGUCUGCCUACGGCUAACGAAGCUACCACUGUGCCUUGGCAAUGUGAUGAUCCAACAUCCUCCUGUUUCAAAAGAUUUUGACCUGGCUAGUGUUUAGAAGAGAGUAAGGUCCACUUUUUGUUCCAGCACUGCCAACCAAAUGGAUAACACACCGAAUCUAUGUUCAAGGGAUCCUGGACAUUCUCAAUACAGUGAGGCAUCAGUUUUUGACAAUCUUCUAUGUCAUAAGUAUUCACCUUCGGUAGCAUAUACUGAUGCAUUGGCAAACACCCAGCCUCAUCAAAACUCUGUUGAGGUUCCGAUAGUGACCACUGUGAUCUCACAGGGCUCAAUUCUGGAGACGCCUAAUAUGGUCACUUCCUGUAUAGGCGAGCAUGCUUAUGACUCAUGGAAGGAUGGAAAAAAUGACAUUCUAUUCAUGCAGACAGUUGGAGUAGAUGGUUCAGAAAAUCUUCUUCAUGACGGCAAUUCCCAAAUGAAUCUGCGGAGACAGCUGGGUGCGUUAAAUAGGCAGUGCUUAUCUUUGCAGCAAUCAGAUGUUUCAACAGUACCUAGUCAAGGAUUAUCACUGAGCCUUGGAACACAGAUUAUAGUCCCUUCAAUCCAAUGUCAGCAUACUAGCUCAGACAUCUCUCUUUUUCGACCUCAUCAAACAACUUCCAGAAAUGGUGGAUCUGGCAGAGAUGAAAAUUGUGAAAACAAAAGUACGAAUGCCAACAAUUUCCCAUAUGAAUCAGCGAGUCUUGCUAGUUCAAUUCUAAAUUCGAAGUAUCUAAAGGCAGCACAAGAAUUACUGGAUGAAGUUGUUAAUGUUCAAAAGGCUCUGAAGCGAAAAUCAAUCAAAAGUCAAAGUCUUCAUACUUCUGCUGGUACCACCACAGGAAAGGAUUGCAGUGCAGGUGAAGGAAUGUCGUCGAACCCUCAAGACUCUACUAUCAACUCAUCCAGUGAGCUCUCACCCUCUGAAAGGCAGGAUCUUCAGAACAAGGUUACCAAAUUAUUGACUAUGUUGGAUGAGAUUGAUAGAAGAUAUAAACAGUAUUACCACCAGAUGCAGAUAGUAGUGUCAUCUUUUGAUGUAGUAGCCGGUUUCGGGGCUGCUAAACCUUACACGGCACUCUCCCUCCAAACAAUUUCUGGGCAUUUCCGCUGCUUGAGAGAUGCCAUCAGUAGAGAAAUUUUAGUUACCAGGAAAAGUCUUGGAGAGGAAGGUAACUCAGGUAGCAAGGGUGUUGGAAUGUCUCGCCUUCGCUAUAUAGAUCAGCAGCUGAGGCAACAGAGAGCCAUGCAGCAGUUUGGUAUGAUGCAGCAACAUGCUUGGAGGCCACAGAGGGGGUUGCCGGAGUCAUCUGUCUCAAUCCUUCGUGCUUGGUUGUUUGAGCACUUCCUUCACCCUUACCCGAAUGAUUCUGAAAAGCUAAUGCUUGCGAGACAGACAGGCUUGACAAGGAGUCAGGUUUCCAACUGGUUCAUAAAUGCACGAGUUCGUCUUUGGAAGCCCAUGAUUGAGGACAUGUACAAAGAGGAGACUGGUGACCUCGAGAUUGACUCUUCUUUGGAGAACCCACCUAAAGAUCAGGAUGGUGUUCAUUCCACUGGGAAUGGAGAAAACUCACAAAACACUGCCACUGAAAGAUGCCAAGUAAACCAACUUAGUGACUUAUCAAGAUCCAACAUCAUGCCAGGAAUGGAUAUGGCAGGGGCUGGUGCAAAAGACUACCGUAUGAACCUUAAGAUGCGAUCAACCACAGAAGAGUGUAGCUAUGUGCAAGAUGCUCUUGCGCAUAUAGAUGGAACUGGGAGGUUCAUGGCUUAUGCUGAUUUGGGCUGUGGCGGUGGUGGUGGGGUGUCACUGACACUGGGACUACAGCACUGUGACGGUGGUCUUCCUGGAUCUGGCAGUCAGCAGAGCUUCGUUGGGAUGCAGGGGGGAGACAUCUACAGUGCAGCAGCUGCCAUUGGAGCUGAUACAGCUGAGUAUGAUUGUGUUAAUUUGGGAGACCGACCGCACCGAUUUGCUUCAUCACAACUGUUGCAUGACUUUGUGGCCUGACAAUGUUGAUCGUCACGGUAUCAGCUGUCAAAUCAUCAGGUGCCAGCAAUUUGCUUGGAGCUGCUCUUAGGCAUUGCUUGUAACUCCACAGGAAAUAGAGGAUGAGCAUGAUAUGCAAUGUAAACAAGAGAUGAGGCAGGUUGGUGAUAACAUAAGAGGUAGCAUAUUGUAAAGAUAAGAAGUGUAGCUGUGGUAAUCAUCUGAAGAAUGGAACAUGAGAUGAGUACCAAUCAAUGGUUAUUCUGAUGUAUACUUCUACAAAAUGAGUACCAUUUUACAUUAAUAUCCUUUAGAAGCUCAUUAUGAUAUUAAAGAUUAGUAAU